UUCGUAUAUGAUGCAUACCGAUUUUUUAUUCUUCUUUAUGAAAUGGUUGUGCGUAUAAUUCUAUGUAUAUAUAUAUAUAUGAAAAACGUAUAGUCGGUAUACCUAGACACAUUGAUAAAACAAAAUCAUUUAAUCCGCGGAUUAUUAAUGGAUUUAACCGCCGACAUGAAGGAAUUGAAAUUAGCACGUAAAGUCGGCUCAGUUGUAGAACGAAUUUCAAUCUAUUCUAGAUAUGAAGGACUGAAGUUCCCCCUUACGCGGGAAGAAGAUUUGUUGGUCUUAGAAACCUCCUUAGCAAAGGAGGACCAUUUUAAAGAUGCAGUUCAGGAAUUAGCCAAAACAGGGGGGGACAAUAACUAUCAAUUUGUCAAAAGGGUGUUGUCCUCCAUUAUAGACAACAGCUUAGCGCUGAAAUACAGUUGGCUAGGAAGAAAGGGCAAAAAAGUGUUCUGCACCUUGCAUUUAGCUAGGUUGGUGAUAUCUGCUGCUGAAACGGCAAACCUUGGGGAUAGUAAAAGGACAACGGAGGUCUCAAUUCAAAAUUGGCUGAGGAGAGCGUUUGACAGAAAUCAUGUAACCCCAAAACAAUUUUGAACGAACAUUGUAUAUUAU